CGUUAGCACGGCGCAUCUUAGCCUAUUCCCACAGCUUGUUCCUCUCUACCUUUACCCGUUACAUCACGUAAAUCAAAAUUAUCACCUAAUACUCUAAAAUACAACCCCCCAAUCUAAAAUUACCUCUCAAAAGACAGCAAAGGGAGAAGAAUCCCCACUAUUAAAUACUGCACUAGUAUUUCACAACUUCAUUCUUGUUGGUCAAUCAAACACCAAACCAGAAAAGGUCUUGACAUUGGUACUAUCGAUCUACUAUUGACCCUUGAAAAGCAUACCAUAAAUCUUGCAGAAAAUAGUCUAAUAUUUGGGUUUAGUAUGAAUUAAAACAGAUUAUGGUGUUGUAUCAAGUGUUUGAAGGGGGAGAUGGCAAGAGUAGCAGAGUGGUGGGGUUCUAAUUGGAGAGCCAAAUGGUGUUCCUAUAAAAGAACCACUAUUCUUGUUUGUUCAAUUAACAUUUUUGUUGCUCUUUAUGUACUUCACUCGUACACUUCAACAUACAUGUACACUCGCAAUGAUACCCAAAAAGAUUUUAGGUAUACUCCAGAUCAAGUUAGGAAAAUGGAAGAGUCGAAUCGAAUAAGAAAACAACUAGAACCUGUGCAACUUAUUGAACUAUUAAAGGGAUUAAAGGAAGAAUUUUUCGUUGACGAAAAGGUGGUGCAAGUGCCACAACAAAUCAAACAGAAGAUUGCAGAUGAAAUACUAACUACGUUGAAAGGUGUCAAUGCCCGUGACAAUGCAACAGUGCAACGAGAUGCAGUUGAAAGUUGGCGCCGCAAAAAAUUAAAAGAAGCCAGGGAGCUUGUAAAUAAGAAGAAGUCAAAUUCAACUAUUUCCCCUGGGGAAGCUAGUGUACUUGCACAAGCUUUGGAUGUUGACUGGGCUGAGCUGUCUGAAGAAAUUGGUCUUUGGAUACCUGUUGCAAUAAUUAAUAAGGAACAUCAUGACAAACCUGAGGGUGAAGAAGAAUUUGACAGUGAAAUCAUAGCUGGCAGGCGGCUUCCUCCUGAGUGUAACGUUGAACUUCAUACUGAUUACGGGGGAGAAGCAGUCAAAUGGGGCCUCACGCACCCUAAAGAAUCUGCAUAUGAGUGUUGCAUGGCCUGUUUGAAUCAAGCUAAGCAGGCUGGACCUAAUGACAAGAAAUGCAACAUAUGGGUUUAUUGCCCAUCUGAGACGGGAUGCUAUUCUCCAGAUAUUUAUCAACACAAAAAUCAGGAGUGCUGGCUGAAAUAUGCAGAGAAACCUAAAAUGGCUUUUAAGGGCCGGUAUUCUAAAUCAUUCAGAAAUUCACACCCAAAUGCACCAAUCGUUGUUCCAUGGAUGUCUGGUGUUGUCAGUGUAUAAGUUCCCACUAACAAAAUAGACACUUAGCCUCGACGCCUUGGUGCUUCCACGGGUGUUAUGAUGUGGUAUAAGGUUCCACAUCAAGCCACUGUAUCUUCAGAUAAUUGUGCAAUGAGAUUUCUUGAACUACAGUUUCUAAGCAUAGCUGCUUCUCUUUUUUUUGUUUUGUCAUCAAUGGUAAGAUAGAGCUUGGACCAGAGUGUAACAUUCUUUUGUAUCACAUGGUGGAUAGAAUGGUAAUGGUAGCUUUAAGUUAGAAAACGGACUGUGCCAAGGAUGUGGUGAAAACAUUUGAAAGCUUUUCUUUUACCCUGCCCCACUCCAACCCCAUCUUUUUUUCACCUGAUGGAUGUAAUAUCAAAGUUGUGACAUUAUCGGUAUUGUAUUGCCCGACAGGUACCGAGUUUUGGUGAUCAAUUAUGUCGUUUAAACAAUAA